AUGUUUAACUUGCUUCCUCUUCCCUUCGCCAUCCGUCCGAACCACGUUGCUUGCCUCAUCACAUCUUCUUUUACUGCUCAGAAAUUAUUUACAGAUUUAUGGCCCGGCUGCUCUUCUGUCGCCUCACAAGCCUAUCCAGAACCUUUGAGUAUGCAUAUGGGAUGGAGAGGAAACACAGCCGCCCUCUUGAGUUGCCAUGCCUAUUGGAGGGUUGAGUGGGCCAGAUCACCACUCGUGUCACCAGCCGAGCAGGCAUCUCUUGCUCUCCGUUCAACCGAUGACUGCUUGGGGAAGGUGAGCUGUGGAAGAGCGGCCCAGCGUCUUCUGCCUGCUAAGGCUGUAGGCUCGGCACGCGAGUCAGCAUCAACUAAGCUGCGUGUACUUUUUUGGGCCUCUUUCAUUUCAUUUCAUCCAAUUCACCAUCCCCGAGGUUUUUCACGUCCGCCAGACAAACAACGGACACAGAAACGGAAGGUGACAAUAACCCGGCUUUUAAUCAAAGAACAACGCCACAUGCGCGCCUGA